AUGUGUUGCAGGAAAGUUAUCAUUAUUCUUGAUAAUGUGGAUAAUUCAGAACAAUUCAAAUCCAUUAUUGGUAAACAAGAGUGGCUGUCGUCGGGAAGUAAAAUCAUCGUCACAACUCGAUUGAAGUGUUUGUUAAGUGAAGGUUGUUGGAAACUUCACAUUAAGCCAUUGAGUGUUAAAAAGUCACAUAAACUCUUCGCCUUGCAUGCCUUUGGACGAGAAGAUUCUCCUGAAAAUUUCGAUGAGCACUCUGAACGUGUAGUGAGCCUUUGUGAUGGUCUUCCAUUAGCUCUUCGUGUUUUAGGCUCCUUUCUUCGUCGCAGAAGUAUAGAUGAAUGGAAAAGUGAGAUUAAGGAACUGCAAGAAAUUCCUGAUAGUCGAAUUCAAAAGAUUCUCAGAAAAAGCUUUGAUUCUCUACAUAAUGAUCGUCAUCGAAGCAUAUUUCUUCACAUAGUUUUUUUCUUUAUUGGGUGGGAUAAAGAUGUUGUAGUUAAAAUUUUAGAGGAUGUGGCUUCGAAGCAAUAA